AUGUGGAGACUUUGGUGGUCUGGAGAAGGUGAAAAUCUUCAACAAUGAUAACCGUUCUGUAUUUUCUGUUCAGAGCACAAAGUGAUAUUAGUAGGACUGGAUAACGCGGGAAAAACAACUAUAUUGUAUCAUUAGUGAGUUUUCUUUCAAAAUUCCUAUUCAAAUCAUAUUUUCGCUCAGUUUGACCGGUGAUGUUGUGGACACGAAACCGACAAUUGGCAGCAACGUCGAGGAGAUUACCUUCAGAAAUCUGAAGUUCGUCAUGUGGGAUAUCGGUGGACAGGAGAGUCUCAGACAGUCUUGGUCGUCCUAUUACAAUCACACCCAUUGCGUUAUUAUAGGUACGCUGCCAGUUUUGAAUUUUUUAAUGCCAAAAAGAUCGCGAGACUUUAGUUAUCGAUAGUGCUGACAUAGUACGACUAGCUGUCAUAAAAUCUCAACUCUACACAAUGUUAGAACACGAGGUGAAUGCCAAAAAAAAACCCUCUAUGAUAUGAUGAGAAUAUUUUGAGGACCUUUCUAAAGCUUCGUUGUUGGUUCUAGCGAAUAAACAAGACCUUGAAGGAGCGUUGACAGCACCCGAAAUCUCAAAUCAACUCGGCUUGAUAAAUAUUAAAAAUAGAAAGUUUGUUUACAAUACUAUUUAUUAUUGUUGCUAAUACUGCUCAUCUUCCAAUUACAGAUGGCAAAUUCAAAGUUGCUCCGCAUUGAAGGGAGAAGGGCUCAAUGAAGCGUUAGAGUGGAUUGCAAACAACAUUUGA